CAGCGACAUGGGAUCCCAACAAGCGAGAGAGGAGGACGCUGAUCCGCCGCCGCCGCCGACGACGACGACGAGGCUGCCCUUUCUAUUCAACCUGUCGCGCGGGGAGCUAGUACGGCGGCAGCGUUUGAUCGACGAGGCGGUGGAACGGCUGCGCCGCUGCGGCUGCGACAUUCGUCGCUGCAGGGGAGGCGGGGUCCCAUGCCCUGAACGGCGGCAAGCUGAACUCUCCUUGAUCGUCGACCAUGUCAACCGCGCUCUCCAUCACUACAACGCUAACAAUCCUGGCGCCGAGUUCGACCUGUCAAGGCUCUGGGUUAUGCGUCCGUCAGCUUCAGACGCGCGCUCUGGGUUCAUGUCAGCUUCCUGGCUCGCAGGAGGAGCAGCCCGGUGAAGCCAGCCGAUGAAGCAGCAGCUGCUGCUGCCGAUGAUGACGAAUCCGACGUGAAAAGAGGCCGCAAGCGACGCUCCCGCAACAAGCGCAACAGGGCUCCUCCCGAGUCACCCGACAAGCAGUUCUUCGCCGAGCUACGCUACGACGACUACGACUCUGCGACCGUUGUGACCUGCACCAUCAUCGAUAAGAGUAAACCGCACGGCUACAAGACGAAGUGUGAAUUUUGCCCCGCCAGCUAUGGGAUUUUGCACCCGGGCGACGGGAAAUUUGUGUGCGGGAAGAGGAACCAGAGGGAUGAGUUCUUCCUGUUGCGGAAUCGACUUCUGAGUUCUGACGCCAUAUACAUGGCCCAAGAAAGAAGCCGAUAAGGAGCCACCAUGUCCAGGGCUGGGCCGAAGCAACCUGGGCUGGGGCCAGUACGCCCUUGAUGUUUUCAGAAAAUUCUCUUCAAGGUUUUUGUUCUCUUUUGUUUCUAAGCUACUUCCUAGAUCAAGGAGUGAAGAAUGCAGCAAUGCCUAUCUAUAUAUCUAUCUAUCUAUUAUAUUAUUAAAACAGCUCGACUAAUCGACUAAUCUAUAUAGAAAUACAAUUUAGAAACAGUUGAAAUUCGGAAUUAAAAGAUAAGGAAUAUUAGAAGAGGAGACUAGAGUCUAUAUAGAAAUACAAUUUAGAAAUCGUUAAAAUUUGGAAUUAAAAAAUAAGGAAUAUUAGAGAGGAAACUAGAGUCCAUAUAGAAAUACAAUUAGGAAAUAACUGAAAUUUGGAAUUAAAAAUAAGGAAUAUUAGAAGUAGAGUAUAAAGUCCAUAUAGAAAUACAAUUAAGAAAAAAAAUAGAAAUUCGGAAUUAAAAAUAAAGAAUAUUAGAAGUAGAGUAUAGAUUUAUAUAGAAAUACAAUUAAGAAAAAAAAUAGAAAUUCGGAAUUAAAAAAUAAGGAAUAUUAGAAGUAGAGUAUAGAGUCCAUAUAGGAAUUUAAAUCUAACAAAAAUUCGGAAUAAACAUAAUAAAAUUAAAAGUAGUGUUUUGAUUCGUAUAAAAAUACAAUUUAUAAAUAACUAAAAUUCAAAAUUAAGAAAAACAUCGGAAGAAGAGUUUAAAGUCAGUAUAGGAAUACAAUUUAGAAGUAAUUAAAAUUUGAAAUUAAAAAUUAAAGAAUAUUGAAAGAUAAGUUUAGAGUCCACAUAGAAAUUCAAUUAGAAAUAAUAAAAAUUCAAAAUUAAAAAGAUAUAUUAAAAGAUGAGUCUAGAGUCUAUAUAGGAAUAUAUAUAAUUUACAAAUAACUAAAAUUUGAUAUUAAAAAUAAUUCAUAACUAACACGUAUAUAAAAUACAAUAGGAACAUUACAUAUUAAAAUUUAAAAUUAUGUUGUCAUUUUAAUAUAUUUAAAUAAUAUAAUGAGAAAACAUAUAUGCUAUUAUAUGAGAGAAAAUAUAAUGAUGUUAGUCGCGCAAUCUGCGCAGGCCACAAUGCUAGUUGAAUUUAAUAAGAUUUUUUUCUAUACAUUCCAGCAUCUACACUAAUCACAGAUGCACACGGUCAUAAUUAUCGACACCAGGACUUGAACUAGAGUUCUCUAGCGGGUGGGUAGAGUCGUGAACCCAACGAGGAGCUGGAGUUCUAUCAUUCUAUUCUAUCUUUCUAGUUUGUUGGCUUUGAAUCUGAAUGAAUAUGCAAAUGAGAGGCUUACCCUAGGUAAUAUCCAUUUACAUAAUAUCAGGUUUUUCUCCACACACAAAAAAGAAUUCUCAGGUUAAAGCACUCUCCAGUCUCCAAGCAAGUGGACACAGGCAUUUUGAUGCCUUUUGUACUGUUUCCACCUCGUCUUUGGGCCUGUACCGUCCUAGUCAAUUGCUUCACUGAGUUAUAUUGGUCCAAUCGAAAUGCAUUCCCUUUGCAAGGCCCAAAUCAAGGUUAUGUCCAAAGCCAAUAUUCUCUGUUUGAGCCGAGAUGGAUUUAAAAGUAGGACAAGCUGUCCAUAACAAGAAACUAGUAGUAAUACACUUUCAUGAUGGGACUAAAAAUAAGCACCCAAGUUGAGCUGACAAAAGAUGCAUAGCUCCAUGAUUAAGACAGAUACUAAGCACCAAAUUCAACUCGUUCCUGCACAGACCGAACAGGAUAUGACUCUCGCCUGAUGACACCGUCCCAGAUCGAUGCUUCCCCACGUGUGAGCCCCUUCCAAAUCACGUGCUGUUGAUUGCUAUCAACGAGAGAGAGAGAGAGAGAUUAGCGAGCCGUUGGAAUAGAAAAAAGUGGAAGAAAUCGUGAACAGAACGGCCGGGGAUGAUCAUGCGGGCAUCUGACGUUUGCCGCGACACCGACGCAUCGGAGAAAGAACAUAUUACUUUUCAUAGGAUUUGGUAUAUAUCUGACGUCUGUUCUCGCGUGCCAUCCGGCUUACGUCCACCGGCGUUUUGUACCUCCAAAUUAAACUGCAAGGGGAUGGCUUAGUGAGGAGUGAGGUCAGAGCUGAAGCUUUUGCAAAGAAAAAAGGGUUAACGGAUGCGUUAUGCAGAUUAAUUACGCGCUUAAGUUUUUUUUUUUUGAAAAAUUUUCAGCUGAAAAGAAGUACUGCCAACAUCCAUCAGUUUCUUUUGUAGGGAGGGGGGAGGUUACACAAAUUACAUAACUUGACCGAUUCUUAGGGACAGUUUUUUUUUCACAUUGGUGAAAUCAGCAAAAUAAUAUUACAUCUAUUUUUAAAUAUAUGACAUUAUUUACUUUUAUUCAUGUUUCCAUCGUUCGUUUAUUAAAAAUUUAGUAUAAAACAUAAGACAUGUUUAGAGCACCUUUAAUGGUAAAAGUCGCAACAAAACAAGUAAUGUUUUUAUAAUUUUUAAGUAAAAUGAAUUGUCAAACAUAUAUUUAAAAUCAAAUAUGGGAGGGAGUACAGAUGAGCUGGUAUGCGGAUGACUAGUGCAUGUUGAUAUGUUUAUUUAUCUUAAAAUAAGAUAUGUGAGUGACUAGAGCGUUUCAAUUGUUUAUUUUAUUUAAAAUAAGAGAUGUGAGCGAAAACUACCAAUUGUGUACUUAUACUUUCAUCAUUACACGUAUUUGGUAACGUCAUGUAGUUUAUCAUAGUGAUUGGGAAAGUGAUAGUAACUAACCAACUACAACUUAUUGUCACAAAUACCACAUAGUGACAUUUCGUUGAGAGCAGUGCUGCAUCUACUAGACUACUCCAAGUAUCAUAUAUUAGUUCUAAAAAAAUGUAUCAUAUAUUCAUACAUAAUUCUGGGAAUGCAUUUUAUAUCAAAGUUGUGAGCCACAUUCACUAAGUGAGAGAAGGACACACUACUAGCUUAUCCACAACAAAAUGUUCCGUUCAAAAUUAAAUUUUUGCAUUCAUUCAAUCAUUCAUUCAGUAAGGCUCUUAUGUUUAGCUUGUAAUAAGUAGUUGUAGUUUCUAUUAAAGCAAUGACCAAUUUAUCCAUUGUCUUAAAACACUUAGGCUUGUCCUAUCAAUCAAUCUCGUUAGUCUAAAAAGAUUAUAAUCGUCGUAUUCAAGGUUAUACUGAUCAUUAACUUUUAUAUGCCGAAACAAAAUUUCAAUGCAUUUCAUUUUUUUUUCACAGAAGUAAUAUACUAACAACAAAAAAUGUGGGGGCGUAAAAGUGUGAAGGUGUUAUUAUUUAGCCAAUAUAUCUAGUUGAACGAGUCGAUGGUUUAAGAACAACACAAUGACAAAGACGACUAUAUUAAAAUUAAAAAUACAAAUAUGUACUAAAUUUACUGGUUUACUACAAUUGGCGUCUCUAUCAUAGAAUCGUGGAUAUAUAUAUGCUACGCUUAUUGAUAAAUGUUUAGUCUCACAACUGUAUGCUAACAAAUGUUUAAUUAAUUAUUGAGUGCUAUAAAGCCAAUGGAACGCAAAAACAUUUCUCCAUUUGGAGCCCGAAAAGUGUUCAUACUCAGGAAACAGAGAUUUGGUGCGGAACACUUUCGCCUGUGUUAUUAACAUAAGGCGUUCUCACAUCACGUCACUAACCUAACAACCCUAUGACGUGCCCAUGUACCCGUUGCAGAUUAGCCCUCCUCCCGUCGGCUACGGGCUACCCACCCACAGAGAAAUCACCCCAAAAAUGCACCCCGCUUUCCCGCGGCUUAAAAACCUUUCCAUCUCCAACCGCCCUCCCGUUCCUCCUCCUCCUCGCCUGCUUCCGUUGAGCCAGUCAGCCUCCUCCCUUGCCGCGCCUGCCUUCCUAGACCACUCACCAAACCAAACCCCCACGACAACUCAACAGGUCACACGAAUCAGUCCAGGCACGACCACCAUGUCCAUGACCUCGCCCCACCUCGCCGACUCAGCUCCGGUGGCGCAGGAUGAUUUGAUCGAGUAGAGUGGUGUGAGAGUGAGAGGUGCGAGGAGGUUAAUUAGGAGAGUAUGGCGCUGUGGCUGAAGCUGUUCUUGUCCGUGUUCCUGCCGGUCGCGGCGCUGGUCGCGGUGGCUGUUCUUGUUUACCGGCGGCGGAGCUCGUCGUCGCGGAACGCGCAGCCUGAGCUGCCGGAGAGUGUGGCUGGUGGUGGUGGAGGAGGGGAUCCGGCGGUGAGCCCCGGGUUGGGGAAGCUGAAUAUCAGGUACAACGCCACGAGUGGCCGCGCGGGGCUCCGGUUCCAGCAGUUGCACCAUCACCACCAUGGGCAUGUCGAUGUGAGGCAUCAUCACCGGGGCGGCGCCGGCGCCGGCGGCGCGCAGCAGGGGCCGUUCCAGUGGGCGGACCACCCGCGGCUGGUGACGGAGGCGGCGGAGAACGGGUGGGCGCAGUUCGUGUUCGCCGUGGCGCCGCCGCGGACGAGGUCGGCGUCGUCGUCGCCGCUGUGGGGGCUCUGCCCCGCCUGCGACUCCGGGACCAGCCGCGACAUGGCGGACACCGCGUGGGAGGUGCCCGCGGGGUCGUCGGAGCGGAUGCAGGCGGUGCGGCUCAACCCGGUGGUGGCCGCGGCGGCGGCGGCCGUCUCGGCGUCCACCAAGAAGUGGCUCCCCGGGAGCAUCCCGAGCCCGCUCCGCGGCGGCGACCACGAUGCGGCGGGGAACAGCAGCGCCCUGUGCCUCGCCAGGAUGAGCCUGCCGCUGCCCGGCCCGCCCCUCGCCGGCGCGCCGUUCCCGCAGGACGCCUACUUCGAGAUCACCAUCAUCUACCUCAACACGCGGCGGCCGGAGUGGUCGGCGUCGAGGGCGAGCCGCCGCGGCAGGGACGGCUCCAGCGAGAGCGACCGCGCCAAGCUCAUCAGCUUUGCACCGGACGCCAAGAACGCGGUCCAAGAAACCAGAGCCGCCACGAAAGUCGACGAUCACCACGACAAGCAGCGGCACACGGUCAUGUCGUUCGGCCUCGCCACCGCCGCGUCCGCCGCGCCGCCACGGCCGUCGCUGGCCGGAACGUACGCGUCGUCCAUCGGCUUCCACUCCAACGGCGCGGUCUACCUCGACGGGAUGAAGCUGGUGUACGAGUCGGAGAAGUCGUCGUGGGCGGGGGUGGACAAGGUGGUGGGCUGCGGCUUCGAGCCGGCGAAGCGGAAGGUGUUCUUCACGGUGGACGGGCAGCUGGUCCACGCCGUGAGCUGCAACGCCGACGCGUUCUCCACCCCGAUGUACCCGGUCCUCGCCUCCAGCUUCGACGUGAUGGCGCUGGUCAACCUCGGGCAGGGCAAGUUCCGGUACGCGCCGGCGAACGCGCGGCGCACGGCGAACCCGUGCUUCCUCCGCGCCGCGUCGGCGGGGGACGACGGCCGGAGCGGCGGUUCGCUGGGCCUCGACUUCGACGACAGCGGCGACCUCUUCUCCAUGGGCCGCGUCGACUCCGGCUGGCUGGAGACGGCGUCGCGGAUGAGCAAGAGCAGGAAGGAGAACGGCGGCGGCGGCGGCGCGUCGGCCGGCGACCCGGACGCCGACUCCGACCUGUUCGAGAUCUCAUUACGAGACUGACAUAAGCAAUGAUGAGAGGGACAGGUGGCUCACUUGUCAAACAGGAAUUAGCAGCAGUUAAUGGCUGAUUCUGACAAUAUGCUUAGGAGUUAGGACAUCGCGGCUGCAGUUUUCCAUGGAUGUUUGUAUCUUCUAGAUGUUGUUACCUAGAUGUAAACAUGUAAAAAGGUCAAAAGAUUAAAAGGAUGGAAAAGGUUGUCUUAUAUAGUGAGCUUCUGAUUUAUUUAUUUUUUUUGAGAACAGAGCUUCUGAUUCGUUCUUCUUUUUUUUUUUCUCCCCUUUCAUUCUUUUUGCUUUUUCUUUGGGGUGUAAAGAUGUAGGGCUGGAGCCUGGAGGUAGAUUCUGUAACUAUAAUCUGGAAUAAAGAUGAGAAAAGGAUCGGGGAAGAGCUUCAAUUUCAAAAAAAUAAAA